AUGGGACUUCUUCAACUCGGCACGGCUCUCGAUUGGCCUGAAGCCAAGAAGCACGCCGACCAGGUCCGCAAAUGGGGAAUCUUGGUGGAGUACCUCGUCGUCAAAUACGACAAGGAGAAGCCCCGUGUUGUCGUGUCUCUGCGGCAGGCAGACAUCCUCGACGCGCUGGCGAACGAUGCAUCUUUAGCUGCCAAAGAUCCGUUGCCCGUUUUCCACCCGGAGUUUGGACGGUAUAUGCUGGAAUCGACGCCGGGAAAGCCGUGGGGAAUCGAAUUAAAGGAACUCUUGGACGUGGAACCGAACAUGAAGAUAAGACGAAUCAUUGCCAAAGACCACAUGAACGCCGACGAAUAUCCCAUAACUUUGACGACAUUUCCACGACUGGGCUCUCCGGGCGUCUUUUCCGAUCCUCAUUAUCCCGUGUCUGGACCUCAACUGCGGUCCCAGUUUGUCCCCGAUGAGAUCGCCAACCCACACAUUCGGUUUCCAACGUUGGCGGCCAACAUCCGCAGCCGUCGUGGCCGGAAGGUGCAGGUGAAUGUCCCUGUAUUCCGUGAUGUCAACACACCGUGGCCAUGGAAGGACCCAACGGUCAACUUUGAUCUUCACCAGUGGCCUGAAGACAGCGACGAGCGCAACGGCGCUGCACCGGACAACUUCAUCCACAUGGACGCGAUGGCUUUUGGCAUGGGCAGCUGCUGCCUACAGAUCACCUUCCAAGCCAAGAACAUCACCGAGGGUCGACGUCUUUACGACCAGCUGAGUCCUCUUGGUCCCAUCCUCUUGGCCCUGACGGCAGCCACUCCGGUCUACAAGGGCUUCCUUGCAGACACGGACGUGCGAUGGAACCAGAUCAGCAGUUGUGUCGAUGACCGGACGCCGGAAGAGCUGGGAGAGGAGCCGCUCAAGAACAGCCGCUGGCAGAUUCCCAAGUCCCGGUACGCGUCCAAUUCGACAUACAUUUCGACGGACCCGAACCUACGACCUGAGUAUUUUGACCCGGACCUAGUGAUUGACGAGGAUAUCAAGGCCCAAUUGAUGCAGGGUGGCAUGGACGAUCUGUUGGCAACGCAUUUUGCGCAUCUCUUUAUUCGAGACCCUAUCGUCAUCUUCUCUGAGGACCUGCAGACGCUUGACCUGGCGGAGACCAACCACUUUGAGAACAUUCAGUCCACCAACUGGCAGCACAUGCGCUUCAAGCCACCGCCGCCAGACAACAGCAUUGGCUGGCGGGUCGAGUUCCGGCCGAUGGAAGUGCAGAUCACCGACUUUGAGAACGCUGCCUUCUCAGUCUUCAUUGUCCUGAUCACGCGUGCCAUCCUCUCGUUUGGCCUAAACUUCUACAUUCCUAUCGUACGGGUGACUGAGAAUAUGGAGACGGCCCACAUUCGAGAUGCCGUACUGUCCGAGACGUUCUAUUUUCGGAAGAACGUCUUUCAGCAGCAGCGCCAAUCGCGCCACGGCCGUCACCGGUCUGCCCGUGGCGAUGACAGCGGGAAUACAAGUGCCGCAGCGUCUGGUACGACAACGCCAAGUGGACUCAGUCGGCCGCAGUCGCCAGCGCUUGGCCCUGUCGAAGAUGAGUAUAGGCGCAUGUCGAUCAACGAGAUCAUCAAUGGCACUGGCUAUCCGCAGCACGGCCUUUCCAACAAUGGAACCUCGGAUGUCAAUGGAACCGGUGUCGGAUUAGAGCAAAGUUCAGCUGAGGCUGCAUUCCCCGGUCUUAUUCCCCUGGUGGAAAGCUAUCUCGACUCCGUCAAUGUUGACGUGCAGACCCGGUGUCAGCUGUCUACAUAUCUUGAUCUUAUCCGAAAGCGGGCAUCAGGCGAGCUUUGGACCUCUGCUCGGUGGAUACGCGCCUUUGUCAAGGAGCAUCCGGAUUACAAACAAGACAGUGCCGUUCCAGAGUCUGUGACUAAGGACCUUGUGGGUGCUGUUAUCGAUAUCGGAGCUCGCGAGGAGACGGGCGGCGGGUGGAAAGACCUGGACAUUCCGGAGAUUGAGAAGCUGAUGGGAUCGUUCAAGGGGUUUUGA